AAUUGCUCCCCACUGACACAUUUCACGCACACCUGACAACGACACCUGAAGCAUGGAAGGUCGCAGCACAGCUUUGACAGCGCUCCUCUUGCUCAUUAUCUGCACUGGCAGCACGCAGUCAGCCAGCUGCUGUGUGAAAAACAUGGUUAUGCGGGGAAAAUUGUCAUGCCAAAGACUGCUGGGCUACUCGUUCCAGACCAUUAAGAACUCCUGCGACAUCAAGUCUGUUAUAUUCCACCUGCCCGCGAGGUUUUUGUGCGCCGAACCCACCGACAGCAAGACCCAAAAAUUGAUGCAGUGCAUCGAGUGAUGAGCGGAGGAGGAAAAGCCCCCCGUCCCCCCAGCAAGGAAAUAUAACCACCACUGCAGCAUGAACUGUCACAUUAGUGCUUUGCUCCUUUUAUAGCAAAAAUGCAUGUUAGCUCUGUUUUAUAAACAGCAAAGUGUAGUAUUUGGAAUACUUUGGAAAGUUCUCACAUAUUUUCAAGUUGACUGGUGUUCUAAAAUAUUGGAAAGGGUAUUGUCUGAUCAUUAAUUAAACAUAUUUUUAAUACCA